ACUCUACUCCCUUUUCGCCUGGCCAGGAGGGGCGGGUUGUGGCCGCCAUGUUGGUGAAGGCAAACGCAGGCAACUGGAGCUCCAGGAUGGUCGACUCUGCUCGCUCAAGCCCGCCAUCUUAAUAAAGCGAAGGCUGGGCUUCCCUGUACCUCCCACACCCCCUUGCCCCCACGAUUCUGCUCGGUGGACCGUUACCCGCCUUCACUUGCCCAGCCUCUGCCCUCUGGAAGCAUAGCCGCCAUCGCCUCAGAACAGGCUAGCGACAACGCCGAAUGAGGGGGACAGGGAAAUGCCGACCAAUUGCGCUGCGGCGGGCUGCGCUGCUACCUACAACAAGCACAUUAACAUCAGCUUCCACAGGUUUCCUUUGGAUCCUAAAAGAAGAAAAGAAUGGGUUCGCCUGGUUAGGCGCAAAAAUUUUGUGCCAGGAAAACAUACUUUUCUUUGUUCAAAACAUUUUGAAGCCUCCUGUUUUGACCUAACAGGACAAACUCGACGACUUAAAAUGGAUGCUGUUCCAACCAUUUUUGAUUUUUGUACCCAUAUAAAGUCUAUGAAACUCAAGUCAAGGAAUCUUUUGGAAAAAAACAGUUGUACUCCAGCAGGACCAUCUAAAUCAAGCUUUAGUAGUCAGCAAGUACUGCUUGAACACAGUUAUGCCUUUAGAAAUCCUAUGGAGGCAAAAAAGAGAAUAAUUAAACUGGAAAAGGAAAUAGCAAGCUUAAAAAGAAAAAUGAAAACUUGCCUACAGAAAGAACGCAGAGCAACUAGAAGAUGGAUCAAAGCCACGUGCUUGGUGAAGAAUUUAGAAGCAAAUAACAUUUUACCUAAGGGCACUUCAGAACACAUUUUACCAACUGUCUUAAGCAACCUUCCUUUGGAAAAUUUCAAAAUUCUUGAGCAAGAUAAAGCAUUAUCAGUUCUCUAAACCUAAAACAGACCAAGAGUUUAGCUUGAGCAGAACAGCAUACUCACCCUUCAUUCCAUGCAGAGGUAAAGAUAUUUACAUAAUUAUCCCAAAAGUGAGUAUUUAAUAAAGAUUUACUUGAAGUAACAUUAUAACUGUAUAAUUUAAGAAGACUUGAUGACACAAAAAGGACAACUUUUUAUGAAACUUUAUUUACGGUAAAUGGAAGUGCCUUAUGUGAGAGUUGCUGACCUAAAAUUUGUCACAGAGUUGUAUGUUGUGAGGUGUUUUGUUCUUUUCAAAUUUCUUUUAAAAAACCGUCUAUGAUAAAUAACAUGUCUAAUUUAUAUUAGGAAAAAUUUUUUCCUGUACCAAAGUUGAGAUAUCUCAUUCUAAAUAAUCUGCUACUAAGUAGGAAUUAGCUGACAUUCAACACAACCUUAGAAAAUAGAGAGGUUUUAUAUUAAAUUAUUGGCACUGUGAUUUGGAGACUUUAUAGGAAAAAAAUCUGGGGACAGGACAAGUUCUUUUAAGUUUUUGUCUUUUUAUUAAUAAAAGUGAGCUAAUCAUGAUGUCCUCAUAAGAUUUUAAGUCAGGUUACAAAAUAUUAUGAAAAUAUUUUUUAACAUGAAUUACCUUCAUGUCAGCAAAACUAGGUAAGACCUCACGUACCUCAGAUUAGUAAUAACUGGUAGCUGAUUACAUUCAUCUUAAAAAUAUAUGGUGGAAUAGUGCAAAUUUCACCUUAAUUAAUAGACAAAUGUAUUAUUUUUCUCAUAAAAAAGUAUUAAAUUUCCCAACUUCAAAAUUGAUACAAUAAGCAAACAUGUUAAAACAAAUUUCAUGUGGGCCUGCUUCUCUGUGUCCCCAUGUGUCUUGAUACCAAACCCUUAAAGCCUUUUUUUUUUUUUUUUUUUUCAUAAACCCUCAGUAGAAUUUAAUCUGAGAAAAGUAAUGACCACAUUAUAAUGUGGUGAUAAUUUAUAACUUAAAAUAUAAUCAGGUGGAGGAUCAGCUUGCUUUAUAUGUCCGUUUCUUAGUGAGCGUCCAACAGGUCAAUACCAUAGUAUGUAAGGAAGGAAAGAGGUAGUCAUCUGUAAAAGUACAUUGUCUCUGAGAUGAAGCUAUGCAAAUCCUAACCUUAUUUUCCAAAAUAAAAGUGUCUGAAUAUUUUUACAGUUCCCACUUGAAAAAUUAAAGUUUUCCUUAUUUCACUGAAGGUUUAAUUAGAACCCUUUCCCUCAAACAGCUUUGAUCAAAUCAUUUAAACUUAUACUAUUAUACAUAAUCAAGUUAUUUACUCCUAAUUCAACUUUCUGGCACUAUUAUACGAAAGUAGCAUAAACCCAAUCAUAAAUAGCUGUAAAUCUUUCCUAUAAGGUAAUGUCUAUUUUUUUUUAAUUGCCAGCUGUUUACUUUUUCCUACUUUUUAAAAUAACAUUUGCUUGGAUCUUUGGAACAAUCUUUUUAUAGUAUUUGCACCCUUUCUUUUAAUAAAGAUUGUCUGUUAAGCAACUAGAUUUCUCUAAUGCCAAGUAAGAAAAAGCUUGUGUUAGUUUUCAUCAUCAGGCACUUAUGACAAAUAUUUAUGAAAGCCUUUUGAAUUAUAUGCCUGGUUAGUCUUCUUAUCCUAAGAAUUGGAUGUAGCUCCUUGGAAUAGUCAUUACAUAUUUUGUGUAAAUAUAUUUUCCCCAAUAUAUAAUCAUUAGUAAAUAUCUAUUUUAUAACCUCAGGAUAAAUUGGGCAGAUAAUAAUUUAAACAAAACAAUGUCUUUCAAAUACAGACUCAUGUUCACCCCUUAAAUAGAAAACAAAAGACAAUGGA